AUGUCGCGCCCGGAAGAUAUUCUCCCACCCGACCUCUUCUACAACGACAAUGAAUCCCGCAAAUAUACAACCUCGUCGCGUAUCAGGAACAUCCAGGCCGACAUGACCAACCGGGCCCUGGAGCUCCUCAACCUGGAAUCCCCGUCACUGAUUCUGGAUGUCGGAUGUGGCUCGGGUCUUUCUGGAGAGAUCCUGUCACAGGAAUCUCCCGAAGAUGGCGGACCACACGUAUGGGUUGGUAUGGACAUUUCACCGAGCAUGUUGGACGUGGCCCUACAGCGCGACGUAGAGGGUGAUCUGUUCCUUGCCGACAUUGGACAGGGCGUUCCUUUCCGGCCUGGAAGCUUCGACGCGGCAAUUAGCAUCAGUGCUAUCCAGUGGCUGUGCAACGCAGAAACCAGCGACGUCAGCCCCGAGGGUCGCCUCAAACGAUUCUUCGAAGGUCUCUAUGCAAGCCUCCGUCGCGGUGGUAGAGCUGUCUGCCAGUUUUACCCCAAAAACGAUAUCCAACGGAGCAUGAUCAGCGGAGCCGCGAUCAAGGCAGGAUUUGGUGCGGGUAUCCUGGAGGAUGACCCCGGUACCAAGAACAGCAAGUUAUAUUUGGUUCUGACGGUCGGCGGUGGCGGUCUGCAGGGUGACAUUACCGGAGUCGUGAAUGGUAUGGACGAUGUGAAUGUCCUGGAUGCCAGAAGAAAAGCCAUGGAGUUGAAAGGUGCCCGAGGCGCGCCACGGAAAGGCGACAAGGCUUGGAUCAUGAAAAAGAAGGAGCAGAUGGAGAAGAAAGGAAAGGUUGUGAAGCAGAACUCCAAAUACACCGGCCGCAAGAGGCGUGUGGCCUUCUGA